UCAUCCGAUCCAACUCUUCUGCCUUGGUUAGCUGCUGCUGUGCUUGUAACUGGCAAGCGUUAGCUACUAAGCUCCUGCUUAAUCGUGUUUUUUGUUUUUUUUGUGUGUGACGAUUUUGGAGGGACUAUAUUGUAUUUUCUACCUGGGAAUCAUACAAGACCUCGGAUAUAAAUACGAAGAUUUUGUCCAUUUGGAUCGCGGAGGUCGCUGCUCUUGACUGCGUAUCAAACAGCAGGUGUUUAAGAUGCCGCAGUGAGUGUGGAGCUGAAUCCUAGCUGAAGCCUCAGCAUGUCUGUUCUGCUGACGGUGGUGGUGGGUGUGGUGGGGUGGGGGGCCGUGGUCCAGGGGGCUCUGUGUCCGGGAAGGGGCCUGGCUGACUGCCCUGCCCAGCAGAGCAACACCUCCGGUGGGGGUAAGACCUCCAGGGACUACUGUUACACCGCCCGUAUCCGAUCCACCGUGCUCCAGGGCCUGCCCUUCGGAGGGGUGCCUACCGUCCUCGCACUCGACUUCAUGUGCUUCCUGGUACUCCUGUUUGUGUUCUCCAUCUUGAGAAAGGUAGCGUGGGACUACGGCCGCUUGGCGUUGGUGACUGACGCAGACAGACAGAAUCAGCGAUACAGCCGUCUGGAUGAACAGAAACAUGUGGCGUCUGCCAUGACGUCGGAGCUACCCGAUCGCUACGAACGCCUGACCUCUGUCUCCAGCUCAGUGGACUUUGAGCAGAGAGACACUGGCUUCUGCUCCUGGUUAACCGCCAUCUUCCGCAUAAAGGAUGAGGAGAUCAGGGAAAAGUGUGGGGAGGAUGCAGUACACUACCUCUCCUUCCAGAGGCACAUCAUUGGUCUGCUGGUGGUGGUGGGCGUGCUCUCAGUGGCCAUUGUCCUGCCCGUCAACUUCUCAGGAAAUCUAUUGGAAAACAAUGCCUACAGUUUUGGGCGUACCACUAUAGCCAAUCUGGAUGCCAAUAACAUGCUCCUGUGGCUCCACACCACCUUUGCGUUCCUCUACCUGUUGCUGACCGUGUACAGCAUGAGACGACACACCUCCAAGAUGCACUACAGAGAGGACGAUCUGGUGGGUGAAACGACACUUUAUUUGUCAACGGGAUCUCCAAGUAUGCAGAGGGAGAAGCACAUCAAGCAACACUUUGAACAGGCUUAUGAAAACUGUUCUGUGCUAGAGGCUCGUAUUUGUUACGAUGUGGCCAAGCUGAUGUCCCUCAACUCAGAAAGGAAGAAGACUGAACGUAGCAUGAAGUUCUUUAAAGACCUACAGUCCAAGGAGCACAUCCCCACCAUGAUCAACCCCAAACCCUGUGGUCAUCUCUGUUGCUGUAUCAUCAAGGGCUGUGAACAGGAGGAGGCAGUGAGUUACUACACCAAGCUGGAGUCCAAGCUGAAGGAGGAGUACAGGAAGGAGAAAGAGAAGGUCAACAGUAAACCGCUGGGAAUGGCCUUCGUUACGUUCCAGAACGAAGCCAUGACUGCCAUUAUCCUGAAGGACUACAAUGCCUGUAACUGUCAGGGCUGCCACUGUCAGAGGGAACCCAGGUCUUCUUCCUUCAGCCAGCACCUUCACACAUAUUCCUGGACGGUCGGCUACGCACCAGACCCACAGAACGUCUACUGGGAGCAUCUGUCAGUUGGAGGGUUCCCCUGGUGGCUGAGAUGCUUCAUCAUCAACUGUAUCCUCUUCCUCCUCCUCUUCUUCCUCACAACCCCCGCCAUCAUCAUCUCCACCAUGGACAAGUUCAACGUCACCAAGCCUGUCGAGUACCUCAACAACCCCAUUGUGACCCAGUUCUUCCCCACCCUGCUGCUGUGGGCCUUCUCCGCCCUGCUACCCACCAUCGUAUACUACUCUGCCUUCUUCGAGGCCCACUGGACACGGUCUGGAGAGAACAGGACCACCAUGCAUAAAUGUUACACCUUCCUCAUCUUUAUGGUCUUACUGCUGCCCUCUCUAGGACUCAGCAGUCUGGACGUUUUCUUCCGAUGGCUGUUUGACAAGCGCUUCCUGGCUGACGCUGCCGUGAGGUUUGAGUGUGUGUUCCUGCCUGACAACGGGGCGUUCUUUGUGAACUAUGUCAUCGCGUCGGCGUUCAUCGGUAACGCCAUGGAUCUGCUGAGGAUCCCUGGUCUGCUCAUGUAUAUGACCCGGCUGUGUCUGGCUCGCUCUGCUGCAGAGAGACGCAACGUCAAGAGGCACCAGGCGUAUGAGUUCCAGUUCGGGGCGGCCUAUGCCUGGAUGAUGUGCGUCUUCACUGUGGUCAUGACAUACAGCAUCACCUGUCCAAUCAUCGUCCCCUUCGGUCUGAUGUACAUGCUAUUGAAGCACCUGGCAGAUCGCUACAACAUGUACUAUGCCUACCUUCCCUCCAAGCUGGACAAGAAGAUCCACUCUGGGGCCGUCAACCAGGUGGUGGCAGCACCUAUCCUCUGUCUCUUCUGGCUCCUGUUCUUUUCCACUCUCCGCACAGGUUUCUCAGCCCCGACCUCUAUGUUUACCUUCAUCGUCCUGAUCAUCACCAUCAUCGUCUGCUUGUCUCAUGUCUGUUUCGGACACUUCAAAUAUCUCAGCGCUCACAACUACAAGGAGAUGUGA